UUCAUGGUCGAGUGUGCGCGCGAGCGUUUGUGUGUAUGCGUGCGUGCGUGCGUGUGUGUGUGUGUGUGUGGAACAGCGCGCGCGCCGCCGCUGCUGCUGCUGCUUCCUUAUUCCAGCAAAACUUUUUUACUCGCUUUCGGAUUUUCUCGCUCUUGUCCGAAGCCUUGUGCUAAUCCAUGAGAGGAACCAUGUUUGGAUAUUGGAUAACCUCCAUUUUGUUCCUGUCCACGUUAUGUGAGCUGUUCACAGCGGCACGCUCGUCCGAGAGCGACUCGCAGCAGAAAUCCGGGAACGAUUCCCUCACAAUCAACGACAGUCGCAACAAGAUCAUGAUGGCCCAGUUUGAGUGCUACCAAAAAAUCACGAAGGACAACAAUCGAGAUCGAAACGCUGGGCUGAUGUGUAACCACACGUGGGACGGCUGGCUGUGUUGGGACGACGUGGAGGCUGGAAACACGGCAACGCAACACUGUCCGGAUUACUUCACAGACUUCGACACUUCAGAACUAGCCACCAAAAUCUGCACGGAAUCUGGCAAGUGGUUCAUCCACCCUGUUAGCAACCGAACCUGGACCAAUUUCACAACCUGUAACCAAUUCACUGUGGAGCGCCAGCAGACAGCGAUUAACCUCUACUACCUGGUCCUGAUCGGUCACGGAUUGUCACUCACCUCAUUGCUGGCUUCUUUGGGGAUAUUCUUCCAUUUCAAGAGUCUGAGUUGCCAGAGGAUCACGCUUCACAAAAACCUUUUCUUCUCCUUUGUGCUGAAUUCGGUCGUAACGAUUAUCUCCUUCACGGCUGUCGUGAACAACCGGGAGGCCAACUCGGUGAGCUGUAAGGUGUGUUCGUUUAUCCACCUGUACAUUCUGGGCUGUAUGUACUUCUGGAUGCUGUGUGAGGGAAUCUAUCUCCACACGCUCAUCGUGGUGGCUGUGUUUGCCGAGAAACAGCGCCUCAUCUGGUAUUAUCUGCUGGGCUGGGGAUUUCCUAUCAUCCCAGCUGUAAUACAUGCCAUAGCCAGAAGCUAUUACUACAAUGACUUUUGUUGGAUCAGUUCAAAUACGUCUCUGCUUUAUAUUAUCCACGGACCCAUCUGUGCCGCUUUACUGGUGAACCUGUUCUUCCUCCUGAACAUUGUUCGAGUGUUGAUCACCAAGCUGAAAGUGACCCACCAGGCGGAGACCAGCCUCUACAUGAAGGCAGUGAGAGGCACGCUAAUCCUCGUGCCCCUACUGGGCAUCCAGAUCGUCCUGCUGGAAUACAAACCUGAGGGUCACCGCACGGAGAUCUACACCUACAUGAUGGCCAUCCUGAUCCAUUACCAGGGUCUGCUGGUGGCAACAAUCUUCUGCUUCUUCAAUGGAGAGGUCCAGGGUGUGUUACGGCGUCACUGGAACCAGUACCGCAUUCAGUUCGGCAGCACGUUCGCCAACACGGAGGCGCUGCGCUCGACGUCCUACGCCGCCUCGUCCAUGACCGAGGUGCACCGCUGCUACAGCAUCGACAGCCACAUGGACACGCUGAACGGCAAGAGCUUCCACAACCUGGAGACCACCAUCCUCCGCUCGGACAACAUCUACAUGUGAGGAGCUCCGUGCACUUUUCUACACACUCCGAGACAACAAACACAGACAACCGCGAGCCCCCGGCCGCCAUUCGAGCGUCCCCGCCGGGGGGGGGCGGACUAUCAAAAAGUACUUUGGCACGAAAGCGCCUUUCGCCCUUGAGCCAGAUAACAUCUUCCGUGAUUUCCUAACGAGAGCGCGAUUCCGAGGACUGACACAGAACACAGAGGGAGGCUAGGACCCACAUGACUAAUGAACAUGAGCGCUGAUGAAAGCGCCGCCCGUUGGCCACGCUCGCAACCUUAAACAGGACGGCAUGUGGGAUUAGCAACACACGAGAGACUUUACAAGAAAUCUGGAUUACAUUCCCUCUGGCUUGGAAAGGACGUUCUGUGAGAUUUGGGAUAGAAAAGAAAAAAGUAAAGAAAGAAAGAAAGAAAGAAAGAAAGAAAGGAAAAAAAAAGUUUCUAUACUGGGUGUAUUGAUUGUGAAACUCCAUCUGGUCUUUGUUGUGUUUCUGAACUUGAUGGGUUGAAAGGUUUCUGGAAACGGAGACUUUAGGAAAAGACGAACACAGACCGCAGUAAGGAGAAGCGCAAAGCCUAUAAGCCUUUAUUUAUGGAAAUGCAGUUCUUUACACUAACAGCUUGGAGAAUUCCAACUCCUCUGUGUGCUUAGAAAGGUCUUAAACAUAGAUAAUAUGUUAAUAAUGGAUAAUAUGACUCUGUAUAUACCUAGAUUUAAUACAGCACAAUAAAAGCCUCGAUAUCACAUACACACGAGUGAUUUUGUGCUGUAUUAAAUCCAUUUUUAGCGCUUAGCAAAGCUCUUACUCUAAAGGGAAAAGUCUUUUUCUUGUUCGUUUUUCCCCCCUUCACUUUUGCUAGACUAAGACACGUUUACAAAUAGAUAAAUAAACAGAUAAGCACAGGAGGCCUUAUUCAGCAUGUCUUUAUGUCUGGAACAUAUAGGUGCUUGUCAUAUUCUUGCGUAAUUACUUACCUUUAGGGCAUUUCGACUUCAUAUGCUGGAAAAAAAGAAAAGACUCAAAGAAACUGCUCACACGUGGAAAAAUAGACGAUGUAAAUAGACUUCUGUAAAGAAUGUGUUGUUAGCAAUGCUAGUCAGUGCACUCGCGAGUGUGUGUAUUUAUAAACGCAUUAUAAACCAUCAGCGCUUCCAGUCAGUACGCAGCAGUUACGAGCCGUAUUGACAUCUCCUCUGUGUAAUCUGUCCAUCCCUCCAUUCCUUUCCGUAAUGUUCUUCUUUAUCACUUAGCAUGUAGUUAGGGUUUACAGAGAAAAGUGGGUGUGUCCGGCGGGGCGUGUCUCCGUGGACAACGUCGCAUCAGUGCCGCAGUUUUAUUUUUUCUUCUUCUUAUAAGUUAUUUGUAUUCCAAGGAUAAUAUUUCGUAGGUGACAAUCGUAUUGCGGCGUCUAUGUCUUCAGUAUUUUAUUUGUAUUGUUUUUUUGCUUUCACGCCAUAGUGUACUUGUUCUUAAAAAUACAAAUGCAAACAUAUAAAAGUGUUUAUUAAACCAGCA